CUAAAACCUAAUCUACCUUAAAAAAAAAAAAUCCCACGGCUGGGCACUUGUAGCUCAGUGAGUAGGGUGCCAGCCACGUACACUGAGGCUGGCGGGUUUGAGCCUGGCCCAGGUCUACUAAAUAACAAUGACAAGUGCAACAAUAACAACAACAACAACAACAACAACAAAAAUAGCCAGGUGUUGUGGCAGGCGCCUGUGGUCCCAGUUACUCGGGAGGCUGAGCCAAGAGAAUUGCUUAAGCCCAAAAGUUUGAGGUUGCUGUGAGCUGUGAUGCCAUACCACUCUACCAAGGGUGAUGUAGUGAGACUUUGUCUCAAAAAAAAGAAAAAAUUCCAAUUCCUGAGACUUUAUCCUCAUAAAUUGAAAUUUGAGAACUAUUCUCUUGAUUCUCUUCUCACUUAGCACAUGCUACUGCUGCUAGAGUUCUCACCUUAAAUAUCAUCUCUCUCUCUGAUAACUUUCCCCCAACUUUCCUGACUCCCACUUUGUCAAAUAUCCUUGUUCUAGGUGGCCCAUUUUUGCAUUUGGUAAGACUCAUUAAACUUGGAGUUACUUGCCUAGUGUCCAUUGCCAACCUCUGAGCUUCACAAAGUCGCUAUUUAAAAUUCCCGGUCAGUAGUUUGUUUCUCCCUCAGCCAGGAAGGAUGUGGCUUCCCACCUUCCAUCCUUUGAGGUUGGUAUACCCAUUAAGGACAGCAAGUGCCAUGGUUUCCAGUGCUUCAGACAAACCUCAGAUGCGUGACCUCUUGGCUAGAUGCCCAUGUGUUCAUAUUGUUGGAGCAUUUGCUGUGUCCCUGGGAGUUGCAGCUUUCUGUAAGUUUGUUGUGGCUGAACCAAGAAAGAAGGCAUAUGCAGAUUUCUAUGGAAAUUAUGACUCUAUGAAAGAUUUUGAGGAGAUGAGAAAGGCUGGUAUCUUUCACAGCACAAAGUAAUUUUGGAAUAUAAAAAAUUAAUUUAGGCUGUUAUACACAGAAGUUUGUCACUGACCUGUGUUCCUGAGCUAUGAAUACGUGUGAUAAACAAUUAACAAAUAAGAACUAAACACAUAAAAACAAAAUUUCUGGUCACUGCUAGCUCCCCAACACUAAGGACAGUGUGUGGACCAUAGAAGCUGCCCCAGAGAUAUUUAAUUGAGUUCUAGAUUCACUAAUCUACAAAUGUGAAAUGUUGGCAUGGGACUGAAACUGAAUGUCUGCCUCCAUCAUACCCUGAUCUUGAAAUACCAUUCUUACUUCCUCGUUCACAGCCAGACUCAUAGAAAUGAUUAUUAGAAAAAACUUAAAGAUUGUCCAGUCUGAAGACAUCAGAGAUUGUGUAGAUAAUGCAAGUGAGUAUCCAGUCUUAGCUUGACUACCAAGGUAGAGAAACCACCUUCCAAGGAGACUCAUCACAUCCUGGAAGCUCUCAGUGCUGGAAAGUUUUUUCCUAACGCUGAUCCUCUGCAGUCUCCUCCCGAAUCUGAUUUGCUUUAGUUUUUUUUUUUUUUUUUUUGCAGUUUUUGGCCGAGAUUGGGUUUGAACUGCCACCUCCGGCAUGUAGGGCCGGUGCCCUACUCCAUUGAGCCACAGGCGCCGCCCUGCUAUAGUUUUGCUCAACAUCAUAUUCUUCUGGAAUGAUUUAAUGUUUUUCUUUUCAUAUUAACGACCUGGAUCAACUCUCCUAUCCAAACUUCUUUUUGUAAAGAGAAUAAAAAUUGACACCCUUGUGAGUAGUCUCUCAAAUGGGAACAUAACUAGCCUUAAAUACAAAGACUUCGUUCAUUCAUUCAUUCAUUCAUUCAUUCUAAAGACAUCAACCGAGGGCUGAGAUUGUGUUUAGUUUGGGGGUGACAACGGUAGGGCAUGCAGAAGAAAUGGAAGAUGGCAUCUAUCUGAGGGUAAUAGGAUAUUUAUAAUAUGGAGUGAUCACAGCAACAGAGGAACUGCCAAGAGGAAGCUGGGGCAGACUACGCUGGGAGCCAAAAAAAGGCUAGGGAGUAUUCUAAGAGUUUAGGGUGUGUGGUAUGUACAGAGGUCUGGGAAGGCUUCAUUGAUGAAGGGGAACUUGGGCUGAGUUUGGUGGCUGAGCUACAUGAGUCAGUAGCUGUCAGAAUCCAAGAGAGAACUCUUUCCCUAAUGGACAGGGAGGGGCUUAGUGAGGGUGGAGGAAGUUAGAGGGCUGCUGGUUAGGGGCAGACUCAUUUCCCUCUCCUCAGUCCCUCGGAGCUGGCACUGUCCCUAGGGGUCUUGUAACCUAAUCUUCAUCACAGCCCUGGGGCCCACCAAGUCGUGUGUCCUGGGGCCGGAGCUGCUGACAUGGUGGCCCUCCCCAGCCUGUUCCUUCUCCUGCUGCUCCAGGAGGCAAAAGGGGACUCUGGGGAUGGUGUGGAUCCCAAGGAAGUGGUUGCGGUCCUUCAGGAGUCCAUUUACCUCCCCCUGGAAAUUCCACGUGAGGAGGAGGUCGCGGACAUCAUCUGGUCCUCCCACAAGAGGCUUGCAACUGUGGUGCCGGGGAAAGAGGGGUAUCCUGCUGCCAUCACGGUGACUGACCCCCGGUACCAGGGCCGCGUGAGCUUCCUGGAGCCCAGCUUCUCCCUCCACAUCAGCAAUCUGAGCUGGCAGGACUCAGGGCUUUACCAAGCGCAAGUCAACCUGAACACAUCCCAGGUCUCUGCCUUGCAGCUCUUCAACCUACGAGUUUACCGAAGGCUGUCAGAGCCCCAAAUUGCCGUGAGCUUUAAGAUCUCUGCAGAACGUGCCUGUAAUGUGUCCCUGACAUGCUCUGUGGAGAAGGCAGACAUGGAUGUUACCUACAGCUGGCUCUCCUGGGGGGACAAUGCUGGCACAGUUCAUGAAGGCCCUGUCCUCAGCACAUCCUGGAGGCCCGGGGACAGUGCUCUCUCCUACACCUGCCGGGCCAGCAACCCUGUCAGCAACAUCAGUUCUCGCCCCACCCCUGCUGGGCCCUUCUGUGCAGAUCCCGAAUAUCCUUCUGAGAAGUCCUCAACAGCCUUCUGCCUCCUGGCCAAGGGGUUGCUCUUCCUCUUGCUCUUGGUAAUCCUGGCUGUGGGGCUCUGGGUCGCCCGAGUCCCGAAAAGACACAAAAUGCCAAGAAUGAAGAAACUCAGGAGAAACAGAAUGAAACUAAGGAGGAAGGGGCAGCUUGUCCUCAGCCCUGUCUGAUUGCUCCCUGGGGACCCCUGAGUCAAGUCCUGAGCCUUGGCUCGUCUCAGACCCCCUCAGAGCCAGAUCCUUCCUGGCUUUCCUCCUCCAGAGUGGGGGGAGGAGAGGGACUCAGGGGUGAGUAUGCAAAGGGCUGCCUGAGGAAAGACAAUCUGGCCAUAAAGUCAAGUUAAGUGACUACCUCUCUGCGGAGCUGUGUUUAUACUUUUAAUAAGAAAAAUGAUAGAUUCCUUUUAACCCCGCUGAAUUUGUUACUCCUAAAUGGGAGAACUUGAAGCACUUUAAAUUCUGCGUUAAAGUGGUCCUGUUCCUGUUGGGAUUCCUCUGCUCCCUCUCCGUCACUCUCCUGGCUGUAUGUUUACUUAAUCGACCUGCACGCAAGCUGUCCUACGCGGAGGUAAGCAGGACGUGGCCCAGAGCCUUGUCAGUCUUCUUCCUGAAGACAGGAGUUCUGGGCCUUUGGUGCCUACCUCAUAGAGACAACAACUCAGCCAGAUCAACAGCUGAGAUAUUGAACUCUUGACUUCUGCUUGCAGUUGGUAUUACUGUCCCCUUUAUCCCUUCCAUAUAGAGUUCCAUGUCUCAGGC